GACAGCUGGCGCGAGAGGCUAGCGCCCGUGGGGGAGGGACAGAACGCCACCCCCAGCGCCCAGAGUGCUUUAGAACCUUCCCAAUCGAGCACGUCCACAGAGGACGCAGCCAACUCCCAGAGCUCUAGCGAGCCCUCCCACCACAGCAGCAGUCCUGGCCAGAGGACUGACCCCGACUCCAAGACUGGCCUCGGGGACUUCAGCCCAAGCGAUCGGAUCCCUAUGUCUGCCACCCGCCCGAACGCCUCCGAUGGGGCCGCCCCAGCCUCCAACCCGGACACCAGCUCCUCCCCGGUAUUGGUAACAGGAUCUGUCCCGCCCUUGGGCCCCUCCCGAGUGUCGGUACCAAGGUCCGCCCAGUCCUCAGUGCCCAGCUUCCCCCAGGGUUUGGUAAGAGGACCUCUCCCGCCCUCGGGCCCCCCUCGAGGGUCGGUGCAGGGGUCCUCCCCAAUCUUAGUGCCCGGCUACCCCUGGAUAUCUGUACCAGAAUCUCCUAUACCCACUAACCUUUCCCAAGUGUCGAUACAAGGACCUCCUACACCCAAUAACAACCCCCGAGUGUCAGUACAAGAGUUCAUCACGCCGUCAGUGCCUGGGUACCCCUGGGUAUCGGUUCUAGUACCUCCUCCACCUAAUACUCUUUCCCAAGUGUCGAUACAAAGACCUCCUGCACCCAAUAACUCCCCCCGAGUGUCAACACAUGAGUCCGCUACGCCCUCAGUGUCCGGCUACCCCUGGCUAUUGGUACCAGGACCUCCUACACCCAGUACUUCCCAACUGUCGGUACAUGGACCUCCUCAACCCAGUAACUCCCCCCGAGUGUCACUACAAGGGUCCGCCAUGCCCUCAGUGCCCGGCUCCCUCUGGGUAUCUCUGGAAGGAUCGGCUCCGCCCCCGGGCGCUCCCCGGGUGUCAGUACAAGGGACCGCCCCACCCUCAGUGUCCAGCUCCCCCCGAGUACCAAUAGAAGUAGCUCCACCUCCGGGCUCCCUCAGAGAGUCGGUAAAAAGGUCCUUCCCGCCCGUCGGCGUCCCCACUCCUACACUCACGCCCUGGGAGAGUGACUUCCAAAGCAUGGCGAGUCGGGAGAAGACGAGUAACUCGGGCCACAUGUUCGACGUAGUCGUGAUUGGAGGUGGCAUUUCAGGAUUAUCUGCUGCCAAACUCUUGGCAGAACAUGAAACUGAUGUUUUAGUUUUAGAAGCCCGGGACAGAGUUGGAGGAAGAACGCACACUGUGAGAAAUGAGCAUGUUAAUUAUGUAGAUGUUGGUGGAGCUUAUGUGGGACCGACCCAGAACAAAAUCUUACGCUUGUCUAAGGAGCUGGGCAUAGAGACUUACAAAGUGAACGUCUGUGAACGUCUCGUUCAAUAUGUCAAGGGAAGAACUUAUCCAUUUCGGGGUGCCUUCCCUCCAGUGUGGAAUCCCAUCGCAUAUCUGGAUUACAACAAUCUGUGGCGGACAUUGGAUAACAUGGGAAAGGAGAUUCCAGCUGAUGCACCCUGGCAGGCCCCACAUGCUGAGGAAUGGGACAAGAUGACCAUGAAAGAUCUUAUCGAUAAAAUCUGCUGGACAAAGACUGCUAGGCAAUUUGCCUAUCUCUUCGUUAAUAUCAAUGUGACCUCUGAGCCCCAUGAGGUGUCUGCCCUGUGGUUCUUGUGGUAUGUGAAGCAAUGUGGGGGCACCAUGCGGAUAUUCUCAGUCACCAAUGGGGGCCAGGAACGGAAGUUUAUAGGCGGAUCUGGUCAAGUGAGCGAGCGGAUAAUGGACCUCCUUGGGGAUCGAGUGAAGCUGAAGCAACCUGUCACCUGUGUUGACCAGUCAGGUGACAACGUCAUCGUAGAGACAUUGAAUCAUGAACUCUAUGAGUGCAGAUACGUAAUUAGUGCCAUUCCCCCGACCUUGACUGCCAAAAUCCACUUCAGACCAGAGCUUCCUGUGGAGAGAAACCAGUUAAUUCAGCGUCUUCCUAUGGGGUCUGUCAUUAAGUGCAUGAUGUAUUACAAGGAGGCCUUCUGGAAGAAGAAGGAUUACUGUGGCUGCAUGAUCAUUGAAGAUGAAGAAGCUCCAAUUUCAAUAACCUUGGAUGACACCAAGCCAGAUGGAUCGGUGCCCGCCAUCAUGGGCUUCAUCCUUGCGAGAAAAGCUGAACAACUUGCUAAGCUCCAUAAAGAAAUAAGGAAGAGAAAAAUCUGUGAGCUGUUUGCCAAAGUGCUGGGAUCCCAAGAAGCUUUACAACCGGUGCAUUAUGAAGAGAAGAACUGGUGUGAGGAGCAGUACUCCGGGGGCUGCUACACCGCCUACUUCCCCCCUGGGAUCAUGACUCAGUUUGGAAGGGUGAUUCGCCAGCCGGUGGGCAAGAUUUACUUUGCUGGCACAGAGACUGCCACACAAUGGAGCGGCUACAUGGAUGGGGCAGUACAGGCUGGAGAACGGGCAGCUAGAGAGGUCUUGAAUGCUUUGGGGAAGGUGGCAAAAAAAGACAUAUGGGUACAAGAACCUGAAUCUAAGGAUGUUCCAGCAGUAGAAAUCACCCAGACCUUCUGGGAGAGGAACCUGCCUUCUGUGUCGGGCCUGCUGAAGAUCAUUGGGUUUUCUACAUCAGUAACUGCCCUGUGGAUUGUGGCAUACAAAUUCAGGCUGCUGGCACGGUCCUGAAGUUUCAGCUCACACUUCCUGCUUAUUCUUUCCCAGCACCAUCAAAAAAAAUGUUGAUAAACUAACGACUGUGUCAUCAGACCGUUUUUAAGUGCAUUGGUUUUAACACUCCUCAGUUUAGUCUUAAUCAGUGUGAAAGCAAAAGUAACCCAAAAAAUCACCUAAUUAAAUGCAGUAAGAUCAAGCUCAAUCUUAUUUGUCUGUGUAGACUAAUUCGUAUUGAUUGAUAGAAUAAAACUUUGUGAUUGCCUUCUUAAUCUCAAAAAGUUAAAGUUGAAGUGCUCAUCAGAAACAAUUUCUGUGUCCUGUUUUUCUCCCUUUAAUGCAAAAUACCUGAUGAUUUCAGAAAUAAAGCAUUUGACUUUC